AGUUGCGUUUUUUGUUUCUCUGUGUGAGGUGUUCUUUGGAAGAAAAGUGCCUGAAAAACUGGUGAAAGUGCUACAGAAAGCAAUGACUGCGUGGAAAAAACACUAGCACUGUCCCAUCUACUGCCCAGCAUUGCUGUUUUCCGUGGAAAUUGCGCGAAAGUAGUGAAAAGUGCCUUAAAACUAUUCAACUAGAGACAUAACCUCACUUCUCUGUGUCUGGCUUUUAAAAGUCUGUGAAUUCGCGAUUGCAAAAGAGAGUCUUGUGUGUAUUUUGGAUGGGAUUUGUGGAGCUGAAGAGUAGCUAGGGGGAGCAGGAGUGCGGCUGAGAAUCGAUACACAGUGGAAAUACAGACAAAUAUGCCAAGUGGUAGUUGAAGUACGCAUCGGAAGCCCACUCAGUAGUUUUCUGGCAGCUCAGCGGCCAACAUCACGUCCUGCCCAAAAGAGUUAUUUUGUGAGUCAGGGGAAGUCUCUCUGGCUCUGAUCCGUAAAAUCAGCUUAUCUGUGCCAUUUGCUAUUGUAAAGUUGAACUCCGUCAUAUCGUUCCACAAUGACAAGUUCUCACUGUGAUAGUCUUAUCAGCGUCAGGAAGUUCACCAGGAAUCUGUGGUGUUGCUGAAAUCAUACCAACAUAGCACUAUGGUGGAAUACCACAGAGAUUCCCGGACAAAUUCCAAGGGUUACAGCGGUUACAGCUCAAAUUGAAGCUAUCCGGAAGCAUUUUUCACUGCUAAAAAGUGCAAGCUCCCCAUUUCCCCUCAAAACACAAAAAAAAAUGUGGACUUUGUGAGCAAGUCCCGGAAGAUUGUCGUGCGACAGGACACUGAAGAUUUCUCGUGCCUUACAUCACGGUCCAAAAUAUUCCUCAGAAGCAGCAUAUAGCGAUGUGAAAAUUGCUGUUUUCCACUAAUUUUAGAAGUUUUUCUUUGCGUGUGAUUUUUCCCUCUUUCUCUCUCUCUGUCCGGGUGUGCUAAAAGUGUGAUUGUGAUAGUGGUGGCCCAUCCUCGUGGGAAAUAAAGUGAAUGUUUUCUUCGUGUGCAUUUGGAUCAUGAAAAUGAAAUGCUGGCUUACUGCUGCCUGUAACAAUACUCUAAUGUCGUCCACGGUGACCAAGAUGCGACCAACAUCCCUCAAUGUUCAGCAGCAGCAACAGAAUGUCGUCGAUGUUAAAAAAUUCCUCAGAGAGGCAUUCAAUUCCUGGCGAAGUAAGGAAACUUGUGGAAUUGUUCCUGGAGAUCGUAUUCAUGAACUCUUCAAUGAAUUGAACUUCUCACCUACGGAUAAACAAGUUAAUGAUAUGCUUCAGACGGCAAAACAAUUUGCGAGAAGAUGCAAUUUGGAGAGUGGAGGUGGUCGUUCGCAUUUAGAUGGUCUCACAUUUGGUGAAUUUUGUGUGUUAUUGGCUGAUUUUCGACGUUUUCGGACAUGCAGUGUAAUGAAUAAUCAUGACAGUGAAGUCAAUGGAGGUGAAUCGCAUCGGUGUGAUUUUGUAGGCUCUCUAAGAAGUACCAAUUGUGCGGCGGAAAAAUCUGCCAGCAACUGCCCAUCAUUGAUAUUAGGUGGUGGAGUAUCGUCGGAAAAAUCCGUCGAGAACUCCUCCUCAACAUCCUCAACAUCGAGUUCAGACUGUCCUGAAGUCUUUCUCGGUGGCUCAUGCAAUCCCACCACGUGGCGUGCCGAUGUGGCCAUUCCGACACUCGAGAAGCUGGGGAUCUCCUUCUACAACCCACAGGUGUCGGAUUGGACGCCAGAUCUCAUUGAAUUGGAGCACCGGGCAAAGGAAAAGGCACGUGUGCUGUUCUUUGUCAUCGAUUCAGAGACGAGGGCGUCUGCGGGGGCGAUUGAAGCAGCUCACAUAGCUGGACAGAAUUCGAAGCAUUUAGUGUUGGUGUUGCAUCCAUAUAAGCCCCACCAGAAGAUCCUCAAUGAACCCAUUUCAACACAAGAGUAUAUCGAUUUAACACGAAAUCAGAAUCUACUGCGAGAGCUGGUGCUGAGGCGAGGUUUGCCCAUUCUUGAUAGCAUUCCUUCCGGCUUGCAGCGGACAAAGGCAAUUUUGUCGGGCAACGAAGGUCAGAGUCCACCGUCAAAUAUUGCCUCAAGAUUAAUCUCUGUGCGUCGUGCAUUUGAUCGUAUAUGCGCUACAAGUGUCGAUGAGAUCACAAUGCAUGAAUGCCAACUUGCACUGAGUUACCUGGGCUACACAAAUAGCAUCAUCUGCCAGGAGAAUAUCCGGAAAAUAGUGACGGUGAAUCGGGAUGUGCAGAAGAAGUGCGAAUCAAUCUUCAAACGGCAUGUCUAUCAUCAUCACCAUCACCAGACUCAGAGUCGUCGGAGUGGAGGGGAAAUUAAGGGGGUGCUCUACAUCAAUUUUGAGGAAUUUUGCGUGGUAGCGGCGUAUUUGUCGGUGCUACAGCAGGAGAUGAAUGAAAAUACCUGUGUAUCACCCAUUAAAGGCACCAAUUUACCACCACCGCCCAUAUUUCUCACAAAUACACCUGUUUUCUGGAUUCAUUCGCCACUCAUAAAUAAAUUGCAUGGAUUUUGGCGAGCAUCGAGAAAUGCAUUGGUGGACUUUAUUGGUGAUUUUUUCCUCAAAAGAGAAUGGAUUCAUAAGAACCGCGAGGCAUCGUCGUUGGUGAUGAGCGGAAGUGGCGAGGAGUGUGAUGUUGGUGAAGGGGGAAAAAAGGGGGAGCCUCUGUAUACAUUGAGGUUCAAAUCCUCACCGAGUGUUUCAAGGGAGAGUCAGAGGAAGAGAGACAGUGGGACAUCGUCGCCUCUGCCACAGGAAUCGUCAGGAUCUUCGUUAAUUGGGAGGGAUUCGUCAUCGUCAGCUGUACCUCAGUUUCCGAGUCGACCGCCAGAGAGGCGUCCGGAGGAUGAGGAGGAUAAUGAUUCUGUGUUUUCGGACGAUGCAGCAUCGAGUGAGAGCAGCAGUUCGGACUCUAGCAGUGACAUGAGGGAUAUAUUUUUGGGUGGAAGUUGCAUGAGACGGUCGAGAUGGAGGGAAGAUUGGGCGAUUCCUGUGCUAAAAGCACGAGGAAUGACGUAUCAUCUGCCGGAGGAAGUUAGAGGAUUCGAUUCGGAAGUCAAGAGAAUCAAGUACAACAAUCUCCGGAAGGAUGAGACGGCAGUGGAGGAAUUGAAUGGGGAUGAUGAACCAGUGAGGCAUUUAAUCAAUGAACCCCUUUUCAAUCCAACACUCCUGGAUUCCAGCCGUGUCCUUCUAUUUGUCAUCACCAAUGAGACGCGCUCUCUGGCUCCAAUGACCCUGGCAGCUCACUACAUCGGUCUGGGAUACGAUGUUGUACUCUGUGUUCAAAUGCUGCUGGACAGUAUUAUUGGGAAUGAAAGGCUGACUCCCGCGGCUAUCAAAGAUUACAACAGAGGCCGUGACUACUUAAUCGAUCUUGCAAAGAGGCAAGGAAUUCCGGUUUACAGUGAUAUUCAGGCAGCUCUGGAAUGUGCCAUAGAGAAAGCCAACAUGCAUAAAUCAAUUGCAUCCAUCUAAUAUUUCAUUUUGGUGUUAUAUUAUUUUGCUGCAUUCAUUUUUUUUGCUGUCUUGGAGGCAAGAUUUUUGUGACAAAGUGUUGAGGAGGAAAAAAAAUGUGCUAAAGAGAUGCAGCUCUGGAUUCUCGAUGGGAAGGGAGGAGAGAAAAAAAACAUUCGCAGGAUAUUUAGGCGAUUUUUUCACAGAAAAAUAUAAUUUUCUUUUUUUUUCAAAAAAAUUACGACGGAAAAUCAGUGAAAAGCAUCGUUGAAUGAUGCAAAUUUUUUAACUGAUUCUCUUUGAUUUUUUUUCUCUUUUUUAUACUACGAAAUGGCCUUGAAGAUCUUUUCUUUUUGAUAAUGAAACAAACAAAAACAAAAUCUUUAACAAUUUAUAGGAAUUGAAAUUAAUACUUUUUUUUUUGGUGUUUAAGAAAAAUUUUAUAAUGCAAAAUCUUUUUUUUUGUAAUUAAUAAUAUUUAAGUGGGAAGAGAUUUGUUAAUUAUUUUAUGAGAGAGGUGGAAAAAUUAUUUAAAAAAAAAGAAAACAAAAUUUUACCAUGUAAAUAUGUUAAAAUGAGAAAGAUUUUUUCACGCGCAAAUUUUUUUAGAGCAACAAAAGUUUAAUGCAAAAUAUUCACAUAUUUUUUAUUGUAACUAAAAAAAAAGAAACAAAAUGAAUGAUGAAAAGUCCAGAAAGGAAAACUAAAAUGUACAUAAAACAAUUUAAAAAAAAAUACAAAAGCGAUAUUAAAGAUUACAGAGAAAAUGCAAGAAAAAUAUGUUAACUUUAGUUAAUUCAACAAAAUAGUUAAUGUUAGUGUAAUAUUUUAUUAAUGUCUAAAAUAAUUUAAUUAAAAAGAGUAGAUGAAAUAAAUUUUGAAGAAAAUUCAUGACACUAAAA